CGCCACCGACGCCGCCCCAGCGCCCGACGCUCCCGGCGACGCCCAGAUAGACAGGGGCUGGAUGGACAUCGUGCCCGGUGUGCAGGGUGUGUGGGUCGGCUGGCAGAGGGGGGCCACGACCGGCGUCCUGCGCGCCGAGGUCGGUGUGGACAAGGCCGGGAACCACUUCAUCCAGACGGUCCCGCUGGCCUUGCCGGUCAUGACGCCUCCAGCCUUUGACGGCGUCGGAAAACGUACGCGGAUUCAUAGCACGCUGCAGAGCAUGUCGUUCAUCUCGACGCCUGCAAAAGACGAGGCGGCAGCCGAAAGCGUGGCAGCCGUCCUGGUCUACGAGGACCACGUCUUUACGCCGCCAGAGUCUAUACGCAGAACGAGGCUGGAAACCGCCACGUUUGAACGACGGCUGAUCCAGCUCGCACCGGGAUUCAGUGAGAUUUCGGGAGGCGACACCGAGCUCAACUCCAUGUGGGAAUGGUACGCCGCUCCCCAGUCUACCAACACCGUCCUCAGUCCCGUAAACACCACCAUCCAAGCCUUGCAGCCGCUGCAUUCCAUCCCGCCGCACUCUCUCGCCCUCGCCGUCAUCUCCUCGCCCGACGGCACCCGUGCCAGAGUCCAUCUCGACCUCGCCGCCAAGCAGUGGAACCCAACGGGGCAUCACCCCAUAAAAGGUAUACGAGGCGAUUUCCCGAGUCUCGUCGUGAGCCAGGGCGCGGAAAGAGGCCAGCUGGGUCUCUGUGCCGUCGUUGACCAGUACCGCUCGCAUCUAGGCCCUGUCAACAAGCUCGAUGAGCAACCGCUAUUGGGAGAAUUACCACAGUCCGCAUCCGAUACUGAAAAAUACGCAGCCUGCGCGGCCACCUCCAUCAUCCUCGCGGAAAGACAAGACACCAACUGGUCCGACGUGAUCCAUGCCCUUGAAGCUAUCCUCCCGGCAUCUUCUCGUGGAGAGUUUAUACCGCUUGUUCUUCAAAGAAUCUAUGAUCUGGCUGCAAAAGAGAUUCACAUCGAUCAACUACACCUUGUUUCCCGCGUACAAAUCGCCCUGUUCAGCGCUUUCAAAGACGCCAGACUGGCGCUCGCAACAGACAUCUUUCGGCUCAACGAAGCGAGUGAGCUGGUGGACAGGUGCGCCACGUUUCAAGACGACGGAUCGAUCACCUUUGAUCUUGAUUCAAUAUGGCCCCUCAUUACCGUGUUCGAUUGGGCAAUCGGCGUGAUAGCCCGGGCUAUGCGCGAAGCCAUCCUGGUCGGUGCUUCAGCCGAAUGGCAAGGAUCAGACGAUUCACUCAUGAUCGACCCUUGCUCCCCGCUUCUUCUCCUCCUUCACCCCAUCCUUCGAUCACUUGUUCUCCGCCUACUCUCCCAGUUCCACCAACUCUCCAUCUUCCUCUCCACCCUUGAACGGCCCAUCUUGCAGCCCGAAAGCAAGACGUUACCAGCAUCCAAUACAAGAGAUCCUAUGGCGACCGUGGUCGCGAGAGAACAGAUUAGAGAUAUUCCAUUACGACAGGGUGUAGAUGUCGAACAAUGGGGUCGAGCUUUGGAAUCUUUAACAACAGCAUCUGAACAAAAGGAUAUUGACAAAUCUCUCAUCGAACUAUCCCUCACCCCACUUCAGCCUCAAAUCCCGACCCUCAUCAACAUCCUGCACACCUCUUCCAAUCUCUUUACUUCGGAAUAUUUCCAGCUUGAUGCCAGCGCUGGCUCUUCUACGUCGUUGGCUUAUGAUGCUAUCGAUUGGAGCGUCUUGCAGGAGCACGGCCAUCGUGAUGAUGAUGACGGUGGUGACGACGAUGGUGAAGCUGGAGAUAAGGAUAAGAUGACGGUCGUCGUCUGUGAUCGAUGUGGAUGGCGGACAGAAGCAUUGACAAUGUCGGUGCCGGCGGCAUCGGGAAUCAAGACACAUGAGACAACGAUCAGCCCAUGGAUGGAAUGGAAGAAGCAAUCGGAAGCGAAUUGUAUUUGUGGAGGAACGUGGGUGAGGAAACAAGUCGAGAUUGAAUAUUGAUUCAGAAGAAAAAUGCAUUAUGCACGUUGUAAUACUAUGCAUGUUCCGGGAUGUCG